AUGACUGAGAUUCCACCACCUGAGGCUAGAACUGGCUUCAAAACUCGACUUCACGCCAUCCUGUACAUUCAGGAACAUGCCAACAAUAAUGGCUUUCGUGUAACCAUCAAGGAUUCCAGGCCGAAAUGGGUUCAAUUCAAAUGUCAUCUAGGACCAACUCGACACAAGGACACCAAUUCCAAUGCGAAUACCAAGACGUGUGGAUUUCUGUCCACCUCUAAACUCGAUUCUUCCGAUGGAACUUGGAAUUUUACUAUUCAAAACGCGAAUCACAAUCAUGAACCGGACUUCAAUAUACACAAGCACGAUCUUGCGAUUUUACGUGACACCAUCAGCAAAGAAGAAGAAAAACAACAUCGAAACAUUGUAACACCUCAAAUUCCUUCAGGACAAAUCCUUAUACCUCAUAUUCAAUCAGUCCAACCUUCGACUUCUGCAAUCACUCCCCCGUUUCUUAUACUUCAAUACCAAGCUCUGCAGCAGCAAAUGCAAGCUCUGCCAAUGCAGUCUCAAGCGUAUCUAUUGACUCGAUUCCUUUCCAAAUGCCAGCUUGCUGCCGGACUCGCAAACACAGUCUCAACUCCUAUUCCCACACCUCUACCUCCUAAUCCUCUCCCCGAAAUCUUGAAUACAACACCCCAAGAUUCAACAACUCCAAAGGCUUCGAAUCAGUCUACUAAUGAUGAAGACACACAAGAAUCAUGA